CAGUCACCCCUAGCCCUAAGUAACCAGCUACAAUCAGAGACCAUUAACAAGCAGGUAUGUCAUUGUUCUAACAUGGCCCUCUGGAUGCGUUUCCUGCCCCUGCUGGUCCUGCUCUUCCUCUGGGAGCCCCUCCCAGCCAAGGCUUUUGUCAAACAGCACCUUUGUGGUUCCCACCUAGUGGAAGCUCUCUACCUGGUGUGUGGGGAGCGUGGCUUCUUCUACACACCCAUGUCCCGCCGUGAAGUGGUGGACCCACAAGUGGCACAACUGGAGCUGGGUGGAGGUCCAGGGACAGGUGACCUUCAGACCCUGGCACUGGAGGUGGCCCAGCAGAAGCGCGGCAUUGUGGAUCAGUGCUGCACCAGCAUCUGCUCCCUCUACCAGUUGGAGAACUACUGCAAUUAGGCCCACCACUACCCAGCCCACCCCUCUGCAAUGAAUAAAACCUUUGAAUGAGCAC